CCCGUUUUAAUACCCUUCAUUUUCACUCCCAUUAUUGCACUCACUCACUCGCUCAUUCACUCACCGCCGUUGCCAACCGUCGUAGUUUGUUUCACUUCACUUUCCAAUCCCUCGAUAAGAAUGAAGACCUCAAUCAUCGCCUCUAUCCUCGGUGCCGCCCUCUUGGUCGCUGCCCAGACCGAAGUCCCUAGUUUGUCGGACUUGCCCUCAUGUGCAUUGCCAUGCGCCGGGGACGCCGUAUCUGGCACUGGCACUGGCUGCCAAGCUGGCAAUAUACCCUGCGCCUGCAGGAACGAGAAGUUCAUCAGUGACGUUUCCAAUUGUCUCAGGGCUGCCUGCACCGAGCCCCAGGAUAUCCAGAAGGCAAUAUCCGUCGCCCAGGGACUUUGCGGUACCAACCUCCCCAGCGGCGCCGUCUCCUCCAUCCAAGCCAACCCAACCGGUAACACCACCAGCUCCGGCUCUGGAAAUAAUAGCACCAAGACUACCAGCGGAGGCGGUCCCGGCGGGAGCUCCGGCUCGGCCACCUCUACAAGUGAAACCGGUGGAGCUGCUGGGCUCGUUCCAGGUGGCUUCGCUAUCGCCGCCAUCUUCGCUGGUUUGUUGGCUUUGUAAGACUUUUUUAAUUUACAUGAACGGACGAAUGGUUGGCUUGGGUUGGGACAGUUGGGUGUGUGUUAAUGCUUGGGAAGGAAUGGGUUUAAGGACGUUAUUUCUUAAAGUGGGUUUUUAAUGUAAAGUAUGAGAAUCGAUCCUUUGGCUCUUCUCCAA